AUGAGAUUAAUUACUCCCAGGGAGAAUCCCGUUGCUAUUCCAGCCAAGCUCAUUCCCGAGUCAAUCGUCAACGCCACCGCCUUGGGUGUUGAUGUUUGGGGUCCAGUCCCUGACGAUGCUACAAAAGGUGACGGAUUCUACACCGCUACGCCAGGAACCCUCGGCUGGGCCUGGAUUCGUGCGCAGCAAGACCUCGGUUCAUAUGAGGAGGACGUGCUUGAGUCUAGGGGGCUGCUGCCGUCCGCUGCCGUUGAAAAGCGCCAAACCACAAGCAUCCUGCUGAAACGCGGCCCGUACAAGGGUGACAGAUCCCAGACGUGGCAUGGAACCAUCAACGGCCCCACCCAAGCCGGUAUAUGCUGGCAGAUUGCAUCCACCACCUGCUUCGAGAUGAAGCAGACUUGAGCAGCCAUCUCCGCGCAACCCAUGCUUUACGUUCUUGCCUCUCUCGUUCCCGUCUUGCUGCUUCUUCCUCUUGACGCCGUUUUUGUUCCUUCAUUCUCUCUUCGGUUUCUAAGUUUAGUGACACAUUAGCGAUGUACAAGAUAGUUUCAUUGGUCCAUUGAAUGCGAGAUACAUACCUCGGCCCUUCGGCUUCUUUGGGCCCUGUGGUGCAUUGACAGCUGGUGCCGCGGUUGGAUCGUAAUCAUCCUCAUAGCCCGGUAACACGUAGACGGGA